CGAAGACAACAGUUGAAGACUUGCUUCAUCAUCAAUUUUCUGAUCGAAUCGAAUCUCACAUUCAUUAUUGUGUUAGCUUCAUUUGAGUAAUAUGGAGAACCUAAUAUUUCAACAGCUCGGCUCAUGUCCCUUACCGAUAAAAACAUCAGAAAUCCGUUCAGCUCCAUUCAAAACAAAGCAAUGUCAAUGUCAUCAAUAGCUAACGAGAAGUCGGAUUAUGCUAGAACCGCAACGUCAUUCCGGAACUUUGUAUCACAAAAACCUGAUUCACAGUUUCCAGCAAAGUCAGGAAGAUACCAUCUUUACAUAUCUUACGCUUGUCCAUGGGCUUCAAGAUGUCUUGCAGUAUUGAAACUCAAAGGGCUUAAAAAAGCAAUAAGCUUCUCGUCUGUCCAACCAGUUUGGAGAAAAACCAAAGAAAGCGACGACCAUAUGGGAUGGGUUUUUCUAGAUUCAGAUACAGAAGUUCUUGGAGCUGAUACUGAUCGUCUUAAUGGUGCAAGAAGCAUAAGAGAACUUUAUGAUAUCGCUAGCUCGAACUACACGGGCAAAUACACUGUUCCUGUUCUUUGGGAUAAGAAGCUUAAGACUAUAGUUAACAAUGAGAGCUCUGAGAUAAUCCAAAUGUUCAAUACGAAGUUCAUUCAUGUUGCAGAAAACCCUUCUCUUGUUCUUCACCCUCCCAGUUGA